AUGGCAACUGUCAGGUGCCCGCGGUCUGGAGGGAUUAAAGGCGAUGAGCUGAUUGCUACACGUUCCCGUAUGCCUGCAGACGGAAGUUUGUCAUCGUCCAUCAACAUGAUCCGUGUGGACGAGAGCAACUUGGCCUUUGUGAUCAACGGACUUUCCUCGUCCAUGUUUCCGGCUUGCUCCUCGGUGGCGUCCGGCGGCUCGGGUCGGUCUUCUUCCGAAUGCCCCACGGUGGCGCAGCGCGACGGCGCCUCUCGUCUCGUCGCCAAAGUUCGAAUGGACGGCAAGACCCUUCACGGCAUGCUGCUCAUGAAUAUGGAGCGAACAGCAUUGUACCCGUUUGUGAGUUACUUCGUGAUAAACAAACUGAAGGUGAGCCCGGCCCAGCUGAGCAACAAGCUUUAUGAGGACACAGCUCAGGAGUUUCUCACGCAACUACCUGCGGUGGUGAAGCACCUGUCAAAGCUUCUCCACCGUGCGCCGGCGGUCACUCGGAGUGCCGACUGGCCUGGGUCCCAAACCCAAGGGUCCGGCCCAAGUAAGAGACCAUCUUCCGCGUCCUGCCGGGCAACGACGGCGAAAAGUUCGAGCGUCACUGGCUCUAUUGGACAGCAAGAUGGUGGGGGAAAAAACAAGAAUUCUUUCGACUGCUUGUUUGGGUCCGACUGGGGGUUAUUGAAGGGAAACGGGAGACAAGAACGAGAUGGAAACAUGAGCCAGACAUGCAUCCGACGCCAUUCUUUACGAGUCAUGCACUCAUCCGAAGAAGAACAUUUCGGAUGGCAGCUGUCAUUUCUUGUUACGAUUCGCGCCUUUUUCCUCGUGGUCGACCGCGUGUCAGCUUCGCUAGUCCGCAAUUUAGUGUAUUACUCUCCUGAGCUAUGGGCCAGCAAAUGGGCGGAUUUCUACGAGAAAGCGAGACUCAACAUGCAGAGGAUCCGACACAGAGACGAGGUCCAAGCACCAAAUAUGUCCGUAUCUCGGGGUCUACUAGUCAAAUUGCGUGGCAGAGGUGCUAGAGCCCUGUACCGGUCCCUGCCCAAGUGUGUGGGCCUCAAGCGGAUCUCGCUGCUCAAGUCUUCGGGUGCGCGCGGGAGCGUCGUGUACCUGUUGUUUCUCGAGCUAGGCGAUGCUGUGAAUAAGAAGGGGUGUCCUGAUCGACCUUGUACGUGACUGCCUAGAAUGAAGAGAUCCCUCAUGGAGAAAUCUCGCAAACGCCUCCGAGCACGCAGAGACCAUCAAGAGAUGGAGGGCAAUGAUUGAAAAAGUCUCUGCAGAACCGUUCUUUGUCAGUGAUGGCCGACAACGUCGACAUCUAUCUUUUAUCGACCACAUGCGAUCACAGCAGGGAGGAAGAGCUCUCAGCAAAGUUGAGGAUGAUGCGGCCGUGGAUGGACGAGACGCUGUUUGUUUCUCUUUUUUUUUCCGCGUGGGGAAAAGAGGGAAGGAGAAGUAUAUUCUUUCCCGGAAUUGUGUCUUGUAUUCGAAUAUCGAUGCUCAAACGCGCGGUUUGAAAGUGAACGAUGCUGACGAAGAUAUGGGGGAGGGGUGGAAAUGAUGGAUGAUGAAGAAUCGCGACACUGAAGGAAAUUCUGUGAUUUUGUUCCCCAGCCCCCUAUAUUGAGACCCCUGUGCUCCCCCCGCGCGCGCUUUCAGCAGUGUCCCCGGAUUCGGCAUCGUUGCUUCAAGAAAACGUUUUUCGCAGUCGGAAACUCGAUUCCGUUUCCUUUUUUUGUAGCUUAUACGAUGAGUCUCGCAAUGAAAAAAAAAAAGAAGCGAGGAUUCAGCGGGAAGAUUUCGACGAAAAUAUUAUGGGGGAAUCGAGGAGCAAUGACGACCGAUGCAAGCGGCUUUCAAUAAAAUCCGAUAAUACUUCGCUCA